UUGUCUGACGUUUGUCCGGAUUCUGCCGAGCAUUACAUCUGGAAAUCUAGUGGGGGUAUAAAACACUGCUUCCUUUUGAGAACACACAAUUUUCGCUUCUGGCAAAUUCCUAAAAUGUAUAUUUCUGAAUGCUCUUAGCAGCUGUUCCACAUAAGGCAACCUGUAUUGUACUUUUUCUUUUGCUUAAUGAAGAUCGUUCUCUGAAGGCAACAAGCAGUGGAAAGUUCUAAAAUAGACCUUCAGAUGCCAAAAAUAGACAGCUACAGCGAAAGCUUUUCAGCUGGAGUGGUAGCUACAAUGGAGAGAAGUUCUAUCCUUCUGGCUUUCACCAAUAUUUAUGUUGCAAUAUUUGCUCUCUUCUGCUUUAAACUUUUAAUCAAAGUUUCCUUGGCUCUGCUCACUCAUUUUUAUAUUGUCCGAGGGAACCGGAAAGAAGCUGCCAGGAUAGCAGAAGAGAUCUAUGGAAUAUCUCGAGGCUCUUGGGCAGACCGGUCUCCCCUGCACGAUGCUGCAUUUCAUGGACGGCUUCUUUCUCUCAAGACUUUAAUUGCUCAGACCCAAACUCCAAAUGAUGAGUGUAGACUACCUGCAAAGAAAGGAGAGCAAUCGUCACAUUGUUCCAGCACAACCCUUCAAUAUAUGGCGAAGACACAGCCACUAUGUAAGUCCUGGGGAUUUAAUGUCAACAUUUUGACAAUUGACAGAAUAUCUCCUCUUCAUGAAGCAUGUCUAGGCGGUCACGUGUCUUGCGCAAAGGUCUUACUAGAAAACAGAGCUCAUGUGAAUAUUGUGACGGUAGAUGGAAUCACUCCUCUGUAUAAUGCCUGCAGCAGUGGAAGUGUUGCCUGUGUUAGUAUGUUAUUGGAUUAUGGCGCUAACCCAGAACUGGAAACUCAGCUUGCCUUUCCUCUGCAUGAAGCAGUUGAAAGAGGUAACACAGUUUGCUUCUCAGGUCACAGGGAAUGUGCAGAAAUGCUAAUAGCAUACGGAGCCGACAUUGAUAAAGAGCUGCAGAACACUGGUACACCACUUUAUUUAGCCUGUGUUCACCAGAGAAAAGAUUGUGUCAAGAGACUCCUCGAAUUAGGUGCAAAUGUAAAUUAUGGGAAGUAUCGAGACACCCCCCUCCAUGCUGCAGCCAGGAAAUCAAGUGUGGAAAUUGUCAAGCUGCUAGUUGAUUAUGGGGCCAAUGUGAAGUAUAAAAACAUGGAAGGAAAAUAUCCCAUUGACCUUUCAACACCCAGGAGUCCUGUAGAGAGAGCCCUUCUGGUUGCAGAAGGUCCUGCAUCUUUGGCUCAGUUAUGUCGUCUUAGUAUUCGCAAGUCAUUGGGAUCCUCCUGUCUUCAAGCAGUGCCCAGGCUCCAAUUACCUAAUAGAUUAAUACAGUUUCUGUUGUACCGAUAGAUUUUCAUCCUAUCAAAUCAUACACCACUAUUUACUUAUUUGUUAUCAGAACACAGAGAAACUAAAGGUGCAUACACACACUAGGUGAUUUUGAGCUUAAAGUAGCUAAUUUUGGGCGUUUUCAGCUCAAAAUCGCCUAGUGUGUAUGGCCGGGGGACGAGUGAUGCACGCUCCCGCAUCAUCGCUGGUCGCCGCCGUCCAACGGCCUGUUUUACCAGCCGAAUGAACCACUUUUCAUGGUUACUAUUGUGGAAAGUGGUUCACCCCCGUAAAAAUCGCUGGGCUGGGUGAAAAUCGCUCAGUGUGUUCACACCAUCUCUCUGCAUACACACUGGGCAAAAAUGCCAGUGUGUAUGCACCUUAAGUUUGACUGAAUCCCAUAAAUUGAUUUUGAGUAUAUAAAAAUAACAGCUUUAACAGUUUAUUAUACAAAACUGCUUUAUUUUCAAUACUUUUAUUAAAAUAACUUAUUUGAACUGUAUAUGUUAAUACUAAAUAAUCUAAUACAAGAAAGGAAGAAGAUAUGAACUGGUUUUUACACACCCUUAGAGGUGUUGGAUAUCUGUUAAAUACUAACACUAUUAAAUUUUUGCUUUUGCCGGCAUUUGUGUGUUCCUAUCGUCACAGUACUGCAAAACAUUGUGCAAAGCAUCUGCACGGAAGCACUUCCAAAUACAGAACCAUGUCCUGAACCUAUGCAGGCACACAGCACCCAAACAGGCACAUUGGUGUAAUAAUGAGAUGCUUUCACCUGUAUGUGUAGUUUAGUCAGUGCCAACUAUUUCUAAAGAGCUUGCGCAAGCUGCCAAGAUGUAACUGUGAUACCACAGCAGAUUACUGUUAAAGACCGGCCAGCAAGAAAUAAUGUACAGCUGCACUCAAUAAGUACCAGUCCUUGUAGUAAAUUAUUCAUUGUGAUAAUAAUGAUCCCUGCAUUGCUCUUCUGACUCUCAUCUGUUAUAGCAACGUUUUAUCUCCCUACACUGCUCACAUCUCCCAUCAGCUCACAUUUUCUUCUUUCUGGCUUCAUGUCCUUUAUUUCUUUUUGUUCCCAUCAUCCCAUAUAUCCUGAUAAAAUGUGGCCUGUAGAGGUAAUCUCAGGACUCUGUAUAAUAGGAGCAUGUGUACACACGUGUUUUGUCUCAAAAAUGCCUAGUAACAGGGAUGGUCAGCAAUCCGCGGUACAGGAAGAGAUGUGACACUGAGGUCUCAGGCACACCAUACCUCCCAAUAUCUCUGACUGGAAAUCCAGGAACAUCAUGGCCAAAUGUCCCCAAACUGCUCCCUGUUGCGCUCUCCUUCCGUGCUCCCCCCCCCCCUCACUUGCAAACAUUCUGCUGCCUGAAUCCCGGGGUCGGUAUGCUGAUCGCUGGGGUCCCGGCAGCUGGCAUUGUGUUCCCAACCCCGACUACAGCAAUGAUGUAUGAGGACACAUCUGUACAAGGGGAGAUUCAUCCUAACUCCAGCAGUACUUCAUUGUUUGCUCUCUGUUAAUGGUACUAUCAAUUCCUGCUCACACAAAUAUUUAUUCUAUUGUCAAGAUACAUUUAGGGGACAAAAUAGAAUUAAAAUGUUAAUUAACAAAUAUGUAGAUUUUUCUAAAUAAUAAUAGAAAUUAAAAUGUUACUGGAUUUGGUGAUUUUAAUUUUUUUUC